UAUAUACCCAACGUGCCGCCUAAUGAAACAAACCCCAGGCUCGACUACUCCGAGAGCUACGGUAGCCACUUUCUCGACAGUGACCAUGCCUGCAGUGUCGGUCGCAAACGGCGCAGCUCCCGCUGCAGAGUCAUCGAUCGAUUUGCCCCUGUUCGACAUCUCCCACGAGUCCUCGGAGCUGGGGAGGGAGAUUGUCCAGGCGGCCGCGAAACAUGGCUUCCUCUGGAUCUCUGGCUCACCGUCCUCCUCGUCGGCGAAUGAUGGCGAUCAGGGCAGUUACGAUCUCGACGCCGCGACCGUGCAGAACGUGUUCGACAUCGGCAGCCGCUUCUUCAAGGGCGCCAGCGGCGCAGAAAAGGCGGCCUGCAAGAUCACCAAGAACCGCGGCUUCGUGGACAUGAAGGUCGAGAACCUGGACCCGCAGAGCCACGCGCGGGGCGAUUUCAAGCAGUGCUUCAACCUCGCCGAGCCGGAUCCCGACACGUGCGCGUGGCGUCAACCGCUGCCGCCGCAGUUCUCAGAGUCCGCGGCCGACGCCGCGCUCCGGGACUUUCACGCCCGCUGCAGAGCCGUGGCGACGAGGGUCCUGCGCCUGAUCGCGUUGGGCCUGGGGAUAGAGGACGCCGACUGGUUCGUGAAGUCGCAUGAGAAGUCACCCUACACGGUGCGCAUGCUCUACUACCCCCAGCUCCCCGCCGGCACAGACUACCGCGCCGACGCAGACAUCCGUGCCGGCGCGCACAGCGACUACGGGAGCAUCACGCUCCUGUUCACGCGACCGGGCCAACCGGGGCUGGAAAUCCUCCAGGACGACGGCAACUGGGCCCGCGUCCCCAUCUCGCCCCCGGGCUACCACGACCCGGAUUUCCCGCCGAUCGUCGUCAACAUUGGCGACCUGCUGCAGUUCUGGACCAACGGGCUGUUGAAGUCGACCGUGCACCGCGUCGUGCUCGUUGAGGAAGAGCAGCCAUUAGAGCAACGGCCCAGCGCGUCGACGGCGGCCGCGCUCGGCACGGACAGAUACUCCAUCGCCGUGUUCGUCCAGCCGGCCGACGAGACCGUUCUGGUGCCCGUGCCAUCGCGGGCGGUCUCGGAGCGCGCCGCGGCGUUUCAAAAGGUGCAGAUCGGGAGCGGCGGUGGCUCGGCCACGGCCGAGACGUUGGGCCAGACCACUGCGGGCGAACAUCUGCUCGGAAGGCUGAGGGCGACGUACGGCAUUGCUGUCACGGGAUAGAAUGAGGGGAUAGGGAG